AUGUCGGCCGACGAGAUGGUGCAGAUUCGCCUGGAGGACCGCUGCUACCCGGUGAGCAAGCGAAAGCUCAUCGAGCAGAGCGACUACUUCCGAGCCCUCUACCGCUCCGGCAUGCGGGAGGCCCUGAGUCCCGAGGCCGGGGGCCCCGAGGUGCAGCAGCUGCGCGGCCUCAGCGCCCCGGGCCUGCGCCUGGUGCUGGACUUCAUCAACGCGGGCGGCGCCCGGGAGGGCUGGCUGCUGGGCCGGCGCGGGGAGCCGGGCGGCGGGGCCGAGGAGGAGGAGGAGGACAUGGACGAGGCGAGCCUGCUGUCUGAGCUGGUGGAGGCGGCCUCCUUCCUGCAGGUCACGUCCCUGCUGCAGCUGCUGCUGUCCCAGGUGCGGCUCACCAACUGCCUGGAGCUGUACCGCCUGGCGCAGGUGUACGGGCUCCCCGACCUGCAGGAGGCCUGCCUGCGCUUCAUGGCUGUCCACUUCCACGAGGUGCUGUGCAAGCCCCAGUUCCACCUGCUGGGCUCUUCUCCUCCGGCCCCUGGGGGUGUCAGCCUGAAGCAGAGGCUGAGAGAGGCCCGGAUGACCGGGACUCCCGUCCUCGUGGCCCUGGGGGACUUCUUGGGGGGACCCCUGGCCCCUCACCCCUACCAAGGGGAGCCCCCGUCCAUGCUCAGGUACGAGGAGAUGACGGAGCGCUGGUUCCCGCUGGCCAACAACCUUCCUCCCGACCUGGUGAAUGUCAGGGGGUACGGGGCCGCCAUCCUGGACAACUACCUCUUCAUCGUGGGCGGGUACAGGAUCACCAGCCAGGAGAUCUCCGCGGCGCAUUCCUACAACCCCAGCACCAACGAGUGGCUCCAGGUGGCCUCCAUGAACCAGAAGAGGUCUAACUUCAAGCUCGUGGCUGUUAAUUUCAAACUCUACGCCAUUGGUGGGCAGGCUGUUUCUAAUGUUGAGUGUUACAACCCUGAGCAGGAUGCCUGGAAUUUCGUGGCACCCUUACCAAACCCUCUGGCUGAGUUCUCUGCGUGUGAGUGUAAGGGGAAAAUUUAUGUCAUUGGAGGAUACACUACCAGAGACCGGAACCUGAACAUCUUGCAGUACUGCCCCUCCGCCGACCUCUGGACUCUUUUCGAAACGUGCGACGUCCACAUCCGCAAGCAGCAGAUGGUGUCGGUGGAGGAGACCAUCUACAUCGUGGGGGGCUGUCUGCACGAGCUGGGGCCCACACGAAGGGGCAGCCAGAGCGAGGACAUGCUCACCGUGCAGUCCUACAACACCGCCACCCGCCAGUGGCUCUACCUCAAGGAGAACACAUCCAAGUCGGGCCUUAACCUGACGUGCGCGCUGCACAACGACGGCAUCUACAUCAUGAGCAGAGACGUGACCCUGUCCACCAGCCUGGAGCACCGAGUUUUCCUCAAGUACAAUAUCUUUUCAGAUAGUUGGGAAGCCUUCAGGCGUUUCCCAGCUUUUGGACACAAUUUGCUGGUCUCUUCUCUUUAUCUGCCCAAUAAAACAGAAACCUGA